GAGAAUACAAACAAACCGUUCUUGUCAAUAAUGCCUCGACUUCAAUUUCGACUUUAAUUUAUGUUUUCUCGUAAUUCCUUUAAUAAAACUUAUCAUAACGAAUUGCUGGCUAUAAAUUAGAGUAAAGUAAACUAAUAAAUGCAGAUUAUUGUGUGUGUAGUUUUUGUUCACAUAUGUUCCUACGAGUUCAAGACAUUUCAGAAGCAAACGAACACUGCCGAGCUAGUGAGGACCAAAACAUCUCUUGGUGGAGGUCAAGCAACACUCAAGAUGCCUCAGGUACUGAUGGAGGUAUUGCCCAACAUUCAUGUAGGUAAUAUCUACAUAACACUACCUGAAACCUCUGAGUCGUGUCGAGAUGUCUGUGUUGAGAAGUCCAGGUGUGUGGUGCAGUUGCAAUCUGACCAGGAGGUUUGCUUCAACCUGCCAAGAGGAACAUGUUUGAAGCCAGAUGUGGUGAGGUCAAUCAGCCAGGAAGGGCAAGUGGUCACAGUCAGAGUCCAACUUGAUGAAAGGACAUCUCUGAUAAGUACCUUAGCUUCUGAUCUUAUGAAUGACUCUGACUUACAAACAGUGGUUCCAUUGUCAAGCACUCUUUGUAAUACCGAGUUGCUUGGCCAUUGCAAGCAGUGUGAGCAACAAGUGUUUGAGUGUGUAAGAUUCCAGAGAGUGUUGCCCCUGCCCUCAGUGGACUGGGAACAGGCCUCAGAGGAUUGGUUUUGCCACAUACACAAGGAAGAUGGGGAGAAACUGAAACCAGCCUCUCUUCAGCCUGAGGAAGAUGAAUGUUUCUACACAGAAUUAUUUUUCCUGCUUCACCCCAAAUUAAUGGAGUACAUGGAACAUGCCAAACCCACCUGUGGACCAGAAAUAAACUGUGCUAAGUGUAACACUUCCCUUGGUGUGCAGCUGCAUCAGUCAGUGAAAAUGUGGACUCAUAACCUGGUGUGGAGAAGAGAGAGGGGAAAUAUAGUGCACAGUACAGACAUCAGUGCUAUAAUGCUGAUGUUAUUCCAAAAUAUAGAUAAGGAUAAUUUUGGUGUAAACUGUAGACUUGUUCUUCAGCUUCCAACAGUGCCAAGGAGGUACCUGUACAUGGUGACUAUGAACACCAAUCAGAAACUACUGAUAUGUGAAGAGGAUUCAAAGUUGUUCCACACAGGAGGGAAUGAGAAGGAGAAUCAGUGUAAAGAGAACCGACCUGAAAGUGUGGCAACCAAACGUGCCAGAAGAAGUGGACAGACUGAGAUGAAGCUGCAGGCUGUGUUUGGAGUGAAACUCUUGUAUGUAGAGAAGGAGGGUGAUGACGAGGAGAGCGGGGAGUGGGCUGACAGUGUUCAUGUCCACCUCAUCCCUUGCAGUGACUCUUUUUUCACAGGAGUCAAGGCUCUGCUGGACACAACAAACAAUUGCCUGCCUGAAAAUAUUAGACAUGUUGAAAAGAUGAAAGUUGGCUAUAUCAUCAAAUAAGACAAUGAACAACAAUAAAUUUUUAUAUAAAGUU